AUGGAAAUAGUAGAGCGAGAAUCUUCUGCCUCAGACGUCUGUCCCGAACUUUCUAUCCCGAACAAGAGGCACGAUGCCUUUUAUCUUGAAGAAAGCAUCGUUAGUGGCGGCCAGAGUGGUGUAUGGAUAGUAAGCGUGAUUAUACUGUCGAUUGGCACCUGGGUGAGCAGAGUCGGGCCACGUCCAGCAGAUGGAGAGCUCGCGCUUCUGACAUCGCCGCGUGAGCGAUUGGAAACCGUUCGACAGGUUCUUUCUGAGGUGCCUUUGAUCGACGGCCACAAUGACCUACCAUGGAACAUCCGCAAUUUCCUUCACAACCAGUUGGCGGAGUUCGAUUUCGACAGGGAUCUACGUCAAGUCGCGCCUUGGAGCAAAAGCGCUUGGAGUCAGACCGAUCUGGUCAGAUUGCGACAAGGCAUGGUCGGCGGUCAGUUUUGGGCUGCUUACGUACCGUGUGAAUCUCAACAUCUUAACGCGGUUCAGCUGACUCUGGAACAGGUAGACCUCAUUAAGAGGCUCAUAGAAAAAUAUUCCCAACAUUUGCAGUUCGCUGCAUCGUCGAGGGAGAUUUUGGAGGCUCACGGGAGGGGCAGAAUAGCUUCUCUGAUUGGAGUGGAGGGUGGGCAUAGUCUAGGAAGUAGUUUAGCCGUUUUAAGAACACUUUAUCAGCUGGGUGUACGGUACCUUACACUAACACACACUUGCAACACUCCAUGGGCGAAAAGUUCGUCGGUGGAAGACGACGAUGAAGAUGGCGGAGGCCUGACAGCAUUCGGCGAGACAGUAGUUAAAGAAAUGAAUAGGCUCGGAAUGCUGAUAGACCUCAGUCAUACUGCAAGGGCAACUAUGAGGGAUGCUCUAAGAGUCAGUAAAGCGCCGCUCAUUUUUUCACACUCUUCUGCGUUCGCUAUUUGUAAUUCCUCCAGAAAUGUGCCCGACGAUAUUCUUAAACAACUGGCUGAUAACGGCGGACUAGUGAUGGUCACGUUUUACAAUUAUUUUGUAAAAUGUGGACCUCAAGCUAGCGUUUCGGAUGUGGCCGAACACAUCUACUAUAUUAGAAAUUUGAUUGGCGUGGACUAUAUUGGAGUCGGCGGAGAUUUCGACGGCAUCAACAAAACUCCUCGUGGUCUGGAAGAUGUUUCGAAGUAUCCCGAACUAUUCGCCGAACUUCUCCGGAGUGGCAAGUGGGACGUGCUCGAGCUAAAGAAAGUCGCCGGCUUGAAUUUACUGCGAGUCCUCACACAGGUAGAGCGUGUGAGAGAUGAUCUGAGGACAGCGGGGAUUACACCACUUGAGGAAUAUCUUCCAGACUCACCGGACACGAUUGGUAACUGUGCGCUGGAUAUUAACUCCGUGCAAAGGGUCACGGAAGUCUGAUCGAUCGACUAUAUGCAUUGCCCGACGACACGCAAAUUAAUCUUAUGCCAGUAUGACCGUUCCACGCAGAUGAGUAUGACCGGAAGACAACCAGUCAUGUCGAGAGCAUGGAUUCAAGGCGAAAAUUCGAUUAUCUCGUUUACUACAAUCUGUACGCUCGCGAAAGUUCUUCGAACCUCGUGUGAAAGCUCAAUUGAACGUCGACAUUUGCAAAAGCUCAAAAUAAACCUACCUCGAUACCUGUUUCACAAAGGCGACGAGCAGCGGAUAUCGAUUAUGCUUUAUUUAGAGGAAGAUAUA